AUGAGUCAACAACUCAUCAAGUCAGUGGUGCCGCUCCAUGUUGGGCAAUUCAUGUUUGUGCGCAUUGAAACCAGCGAUGGGGUCGUCGGAUUUGGCGAGUGUGGCAUCUGGGGUCACAUCGAAGCCUCUGCCACUGUCGUCACCCGCUUCGCUGAGUAUCUCGUCGGCAAGCCUGCUGCGUGCAUUGAGCAUCAUUGGAAUGUCAUGCAUCGGUUCAGCUAUUUCCAAGGCCUCGCAAUCAACGCAGCUAUCUCCGGUAUCGAUAUUGCCUUGUGGGAUAUCAAGGCCAAGUCUCUUGGUGUUCCCAUCUAUGAGCUGCUUGGAGGCGCGUGCCGGACCAAGGCUCGUAUAUAUGGUCACAUCUACGAGAAGACAAUCGAAGCCGUGUUGGAAGAGUGCAAACGCAAGAUGGAUCUAGGCUACACUGCCUUUGGCCAUAUUAAUCCAUUUCUAGAUGAGGGCAAUGAUCAGGUGUACUUCAAAACUCACGUCGACAAGAUGAACAAUGCCAUCGACAACGUCAGAAGGAUGCGCAAGGUUGUUGGGGACAAGGUGGAUUUGCUUAUUGAGCUCCAUCGACGACUCACACCUGCCGAAGCAGUCACCUUUUCCAACGCCAUCGCCGAGUUUCGCCCCAUGUUUGUCGAGGACCCGAUCCGGCCGGAGAAUGCAGAUGCCAUGGCGCGUGUGGCCAACGCCAUUUCCGUGCCAAUCGCCACUGGCGAGCGUUUCUGCACUAUAUAUGAGUUUCAGGCUCUCUUUUCGAGGAAUGCCGUGGAAUAUGCCCGGAUCGACGUGGCUGUUUGUGGUGGCAUCACCGGCGCCAAGAAGGUCGCUGCCAUGGCAGAGGCCCAUCAUAUCCAGGUUGUACCGCAUAACCCACUAUCUCCUAUUGGUCUCGCUGCCUGCCUGCAGCUCGCCGCCUCGAUCCCAAACUUUACCAUACAGGAGUAUGCGACUGGGUUUGAGGCGGGAGUCUUUACCUCUACAACUUCACACCUCGGGGCCAAUAUCGUUGAUCAUGUGCCUGCGGUGGUGGAUGGCUUCGUGGACAUUCCUACGGGCCCUGGGCUUGGCGUCAAUCUUCUCGAUGAUGCGCAAACAAUUCGACCGGCGUUGGUGCAGCCUAUUUCGAUGAGGCCUCACAAGGAUGGGUUUAUCGUCGACCAGUAG